ACGGCACGGCCCACUCUCUAUCAGUUUCGUCCUCUUCCGAUUGAGAGUCGUAAUUGUUCCUUGUUCUACAUUUUUCAAAUUAAAAUUCUUGAACUGUGCUCCACUUCACAAUGACAGAACCUCAUCUUUCUCCAGAAGAACUUGCUGAGAUUCGCGAGUCUUUCGACCAGUUCGAUUUAGAUAAAAAUGGCCAUAUCACGACUUCUGAAAUUGGAGAAGUGAUGAAAGCUCUUGGCGAAAGUAUACCCGGCUACAAGAUACGAGACAUCAUUAAAGAAGUGGAUAUAAACGAAAACGGGACUGUCGAAUUUACAGAAUUCUUGGAGAUUUACAAGAAAAACAGCAAGAAAUUUUCAGCAGGCACAGAAUUCAAGAAACUUAUAAAGAAAACAGAGAAAGUAGAGAUUUCAGGAGGGACAUCUGAAAGUUCUGCCGAAGGCACCAAGCAUACAUUAGCAGAAGCUGAAAAGGUAGCAUUUGCCGACUGGAUCAACACUGCCCUGCAAGAUGAUGCAGAGGCAAAGGCUUACUUGCCUAUGGAUCCUGCAACCCAAGACUUGUUUGUUAAGAUCAAUGAUGGAAUCAUUCUUUGUAAAAUGAUCAAUUUGUCCGUACCUGACACGGUUGAUGAACGUGCCAUUAACAAACCAAAGGGAGGAAAAUUGACCAUUUUUAAGAUUCAUGAAAAUAUGACAUUGGCUCUGAAUUCUGCGCGAUCCAUUGGUUGCAACAUUGUUAACAUUGGAGCAGAAGAUCUUGAGAAAGGAAAGCCUCAUCUUGUACUGGGUUUGCUGUGGCAGAUCAUUAGAAUUGGUUUGUUUGCAAACAUCACACUGACAAAUGUACCUGGCUUGGCCCGUCUGCUGAGGGAGGGAGAGACACUGAAAGACCUGAUGGCUCUCUCGCCUGAAGAAAUCUUGUUAAGAUGGUUUAACUACCAUUUGGAAAAAGCAGGCCACCAUAGACGAGUGAAAAACUUUAGUGAGGACAUCAAGGACUCUGAAUGUUACUCAGUCUUACUGAAACAGAUCACUCCUUCCGAGGUUUUUGUUGACAAUAGACCAAUGAGUGAAAAAGAUCAUAACAAGAGAGCUGAAAAAAUGCUGCAAAUGGCGGAUCGAAUCGGCUGCCGAAAGUUUGUGCGAGCAAAGGAUGUUGUAGCAGGUAACUCCAAGUUGAACAUGGCCUUUGUUGCAAACUUGUUCAACCGUUACCCUGCCCUGCCUCCAAUGGAUGCUGAGGAGACUGAGGAACUUGAAGAACUACGUGAGGAAACAAGAGAAGAAAGAACCUUCCGUAACUGGAUGAACAGCAUUGGUGUAAAUCCCUAUGUGAACAAUCUUUACAGGGAUCUUUGCAAUGGAUUAGUUUUGUUACAGCUGUAUGAUAUCGUGAAGCCAGGCAGUGUCGAUUGGGACAAAGUCAACCGUCCUCCAUUCAAACAGAUGGGUGGUAAAAUGAAGCAAUUAGAAAACUGUAACUAUGCUGUUGAAGUUGGAAAGACAUUUAAGUUUUCACUGGUUGGGAUUGGGGGUCAAGAUAUUCAUGACUGCAACGAGACCCUAACUCUUGCCGUUGUGUGGCAGCAGAUGAGAGCGUACACCCUUGCCUUGCUCUCAAAGUUGACAGAAGACGGGAAAAAGAUUGAGGAUAAAGACAUUGUUGAAUGGGUGAACGAAAAAUUAAAAGAAGCAAACAAAACAAGCAGCAUCGCAAGCUUCCAGGAUCCCAACAUCAGCACCAGCCUGCCAGUUCUGGAUCUUGUUGACGCCAUCAAACCUGGAAUGGUGGAAUAUGACAUGGUAUCUGCAGGAGGAACUGUCGAGGAGAAACAGGAGAAUGCCAAAUACGCUUUGAGCGUCGCCCGAAAGAUUGGUGCCACGACCUACGCCCUUCCCGACGAUCUGGUUGAAGUGAAACCCAAAAUGGUGCUGACAGUUUUUGCUUGUCUCAUGGCUACCUCGUUGGCGUUGAAAUAGACUUAAAAACAAACCCAAAGUCCUAAUUAUUCUUGUUUCCUAGCGCAAUUGAAAUUCAAUAAUUUCUUUUUUAAUUUACAAAAAAGAUAUGUGAGUGUAAGGUAAAUACUGUUGCGUUGUAAAACAUUGAGUUGAACACAAGGGAUUACGGUGACCACACGCCCACUAAACUUUCGAGAUAAUAAAAAAAAUUGUAGGCAUAUAAAUGCGCAAAAUUAUUUAAUUUAGACACGGUUAUUUAGUUUGCAAGAAACUUUUUUAAUAGAAAGCAGUCUAAGUAUUGAUAAUUUUGUCCGCUCGGGGAGAUCUUUUUCCGCCCCUUGGGUUCAUUCAAUGGAAUCAAGUUGUUCAAACAAGUGUUUAAGUUGUGUUCGAGAGUAAAGUUUUCUUUACUUUCGCACCAAGAAUUUUGGGGGCUCGGUGAGAUGAAAUUCCUAGAUCAGUGGUCGCUUUUUAUAUAAUAUUGGUGAGAUGCGUGGAGGCGUAUGAUAAACUGAACAAUAUUGUUAACUUUACAUAAUUAAGACAUUUUCUAUCUAAUAGGUAAUUUGAAAAUGUUUCAUCCCCAAAAUAUUUUUUGCACGAGUCUUCUCUUUGAAUUUCUAAACUUUGUAAAUCAAUUUUUGUAUUGUAUAGCGUGUGGUUCUCGUCCCUUGAUAG